AUGUCCUCCUCACCACCAUCGGUGCCAUCAAGCGCAACAGGAGGAAAGGAUGAUGUCGCUGCCCCGUCCAAGAGCCCCUUCGCCAAGCUGUCGUCGCUCGAUCCGUCCAAAAAGUACACGCUCGUCUUCCUCGUCUCGGUCGGCACCACGCUCCUCAUCACCGGAGCAAGUGGGGGCAGACUUCUCAAGAAAGUCAAAAUGCCACCGACUGCAGACCCUAUGGCCUCAGCGAGGAGCUCUGCAACUGCCUCCAGUGCGGUCGCUUCAACGUCCAAGGCGCCCAUCGCAGCCGCUCCUCCACCCGCUCGAGCCGUCAAGAAGGGAUUGCUGGCACGAGUACUCAAGCCUACACCAGCAGCGUCCACCUCGACACCACUAUCAGCCUCCCAGAUCGAACCGCUUGUCAUUCCUCCACGGCAACUGUUUGCGGACCCUCUUUCCUUCCCUUCCUCUUCCUCAAGUCGUGGCCGGUUCAGAAUCUUACGCUCCUGGUCCUCGAACCGCAACGAUCCCACCGCCUACUUUCUCCCCAACUCAUUCAUCUCGUCCCAAUCCAUCAUCUUUUCCAACAACGUCGACCUCGAAGAUCGUCUCCACAACGACGGCGGCACGCUCGACGAACCUUUCAAGGGGGAACUCGGCUUCAACCCCGCUCUGGACGCUUUCAAAGCCUUGGCCAUUGCGACCGCCAUCACCCUAAGUCUCUUCUCGGCUGGGAUCUAUGGUCUCCUCAAGUGGUACAAGGUCGAUGAUGUGCGUCCAAAACAUGCCGUUCUGGGGCGAAGGCUCAACUUUCUCAGAUCUCUCAAUUUUCCUCGGUCGACGUCCCUACUGACAUGAUGGCUUGACUCUUCCCCAUACACCAGUUGAAAUCACUCGCCUUGGCAAUCUCGUACGACGUAACACCCAAACUAACAGGUACGAAUCGACCGACCGUCCCAACCUGGGCCCAGCCCACCUCCAAUACCGAUCCCGAACCCGAGGAGCUCGACUCGGCCGAGCGUCAAAAAAGCGACGACCGACUCACUCCCGAAGAGACGAAUUAUUGGAGCUCGUUCAAGGCGCAACUCGACCAGGAGGCAGAGGAACAUAAAGUACGCAAGGUGCAACAAUGGCAAGAAUUGCAAGAGGCUCGACGGAGGAAUGGGUUGGAAGGGGAAUAG